AUGGAUCAACCUCAUAGUGGGCACCUUGUAAUUAUUACACGAAUUUUGCAAUAUCUGAAGAAAAAUUCAAGCAAAAGGUUAUUACAUAAGAAUCAUGGUCGUCUUAACAUUCAAGUUUUUUCUAAUGCUGAUUGGGCUAGAAGUAGUAUAGAUAGAUCUAUGACUAGUUAUUGUAUUUUACUUGGUGGCAAUCUUAUUUUUUGGAAGAGUAAGAAACAAUUAGUGGUCUCAUGA